CACUCUCCAUUCGACAAUAGACAACAAAAAAAGAAGAAAAAAAAAUCCAUCUGUUUUGUUUUCCCGUGCGUUUCUGGAUGGCUCUGUUUUCCUCUGUUUCACUCUGCAUGCUUAUUCUCUUGUCAUUCUUCUCCUUCGUUUCCUGCAAUGACUCACUCUCAGUCUCCUUCCCUCUCACCUCACUCCCCCUCUCCACCCCAACGAAGCCAAAGCUCAGAAGCCUCUCCUCCUACAACGUAAAAUCCUCCCUCAAAUACUCCAUGGCCCUCGUGGUCACCCUCCCCAUAGGAACCCCACCGCAGCAGCAACAGAUGGUGCUUGACACAGGAAGCCAACUCUCCUGGAUCCAGUGCCACAACAAAACCCCCCCAACGACGUCGUUCCACCCCGCCCUCUCCUCCUCCUUCUACGUCCUCCCCUGCACCCACCCCCUCUGCAAGCCACGCGUCCCAGACUUCAGCCUCCCCACCACGUGCGACCGGAACCGCCUCUGCCACUACGAGUACUUCUACGCCGACGGCACCUACGCCGAGGGCAACCUCGUCAGAGAAAAACUCACCUUCUCCCCUUCCCAAACCACCCCUCCCCUCAUCCUGGGCUGCGCCACCGCCUCCUCCGACGCCACCGGCAUCCUCGGCAUGAACCUCGGCCGCUUCUCCUUCCCCUCCCAAGCCAAAAUCACCAAAUUCUCAUACUGCGUCCCAAACCGACAAACCCCCACCGCCACCGGCUCCUUCUACCUCGGGAACAACCCCAACUCCCCACGCUUCCGCUACGUCAGCAUGUUGACCUUCCCCCAAAGUCAACGCAUGCCCAACUUGGACCCCUUCGCCUACACCCUCCCCAUGCACGCCAUAACAAUAAACGGAAACCGCCUCAACAUCCAACCCUCCGUUUUCCGCCCCAACGCCGGCGGCUCCGGUCAGACCAUGAUCGACUCCGGCUCCGAAUUCACCUUCCUCGUGGACGCCGCCUACGACGUCGUGCGGGCACAGAUAAUGAAAGCGGUGGGGCCCAGGGUUAAGAAGGGCUACGUGUACGGCGGUGCCGCUGACAUGUGUUUUGAUGGCAAUGCAAUCGAGAUCGGACGGUUGAUAGGCGACGUGGUGUUCGAGUUCGACCAGGGCGUGGAGAUCGUGGUUCCUAAGGAGAGGGUGCUCGCUGACGUGGGCGGUGGGGUCCACUGCGUCGGAAUCGGGAGGUCCGAGAGAUUGGGUGCGGCCAGUAACAUCAUUGGCAACUUCCACCAGCAGAAUCUGUGGGUGGAGUUCGAUCUCGCCAAUCGGAGAGUGGGAUUCGGUGCGGCCGGUUGUAGCGGAUAGGAUAGGAUAGGACGCAUCAUGCAUGUUGUCGCUAUCGCUAUCUUAGACUUACAAGUGUUAUUGUAACAGUUAGAGCGAUUAUGAGUGACGCUCGUGUUUGGAGGAUGGGUCUAUCAAGUGGUAAGGGUAAACGUCAACGUUUUGGACCGAUGCGGGGAGUGGGGCUUUGCUUCCUCUUGGGAAAGGAAAGAACCAUGCGUCAAACCUCAUAUUUAAAUCAUGCAUAUAUAUUAAUUAAUCACUCAUGUAUAGAUAGAUAACCAUUAGGCGCCACGCCACCAAUAAUGUUCUACGUCUGUAUAUUUUCUCAUUCUCAUUAAGAUAAGGUUGAAUUGAAUGAACGAUCUGAUGCAAAAUACUAAGAUGGUUUUUCUGUU